AUGAAUAAAACUAAAAAGAAUACCCAUGCAUGUAUUAAAAUUGCCUCUCUCAACAUGAAAGGACGAGGACAUAAUAAUGUACUAAAUGAUAAAAACAAAUGGAAACAAGUAAAUGAAAUUCUCUGUGAUGAUAAAAUCGGAGUUCUAGCUCUCCAAGAAACACACUUAACUGAUGAACAUGUAAAUGACAUCCACAAUAUAUACAACAAACGCAUGCAUAUAUAUCACUCUGCAGAUCCACAGCAACAUAAUGCUAAAGGUGUAGCAAUUAUAUUAAAUAAAGAAAUAACAAAUAUUCAAGAUGUCAACUACUACAACAUUAUACCAGGAAGAGCAAUAAUGAUAAAACUACCCUGGCAUAGCACAUUAACAAUCACAAUACUAGCAGUAUAUGCUCCAAAUGAUCCAACUGAAAAUAAGCAAUUCUGGGAAGAACUACUGCAAAUAUGGAAUGAAAAAAAUCUUCCAAUUCCUGACCUUAUGCUAGGAGACACCAAUAUUAUAGAAGACAUGAUUGACAGGCAUCCAUGUCAUAAUGAUAACACAAAUGCUACAAAUGCACUCUCCGAACUUAAAUGUCUUUUUCAACUUAAAGAUGGCUGGCAUGAAACAAACCCAACCUCAACUGCAUUUACAUAUAUGCAAAUACCAACAGGAUCUCAAUCAAGAAUUGACUGUAUAUAUAUAGCUAAUGAACUCAUCUCCUCAUGUCGAAACUGGAAUAUAAAAACAACACAUAUACCAACAGACCACAAAAUGAUUUUGGUAGAACUAACUGAUCUAAAGGCCCCAUAUAUUGGCCAUGGUAGAUGGACAAUGCCAUUAUAUCUAUUGAAAAAUAAAAGCAUGAUGGAAGAAAUACGAAAUCUAGGAAUAGAAUUAGAAACACAAAUAGAGAAACUGGAAUUUAAUAAUCGAACAGAAACAAAAAAUGCACAAACAUUUUAUAAAGAAUUUAAAACCCAAAUGACUAAUACAAUUAGAAAUCAAGCACGCAUAUCAGUACCUAAACUGACCCAAAAGAUAAUGCAGCUAGAAGGACAACUAGAUCGGACCUUGAAUGAUAAAAAUCUAGAUAAUGAAGAAAAAACCUUGUCAGCAGCACUAAUUCAAGAAAGAAUUAUUGAACUUCAAAAACAAAAAUACAAUACAAAGAACAUGAAGUCUAAAGUAAAAAACCAUCUCUAUGGUGAAACAAUAAGUAAAUACUGGAUUAAUCUAAAUAAAACUAAGAAACCA